GAGAGAGAGAGAGAGAGAGAGUCGAGAGAGGAGAUCCUCCGCCCAUGGAAGAUAGAAAUAAAUAAAUGGAGAAAGGAAAAUUCAUUUAUACUUCUGAUUACCACAUCAGAAAGAAUCCAUUGUGCUCGUGCCUCCGCAUAGCUCAACAGCGACUCCCCACAAAGUUUUGCCACGUCGCCACCGCACCCUCCUGGAGCAGCAAAAUAAUUGGCGAUCGCGGUGCAGGUGCUUAGUAGCUGCGAAACAGCGUAUGCUUCUCCCUCCCCGUUCUAUUAUUCUGGACGCCGUUCGAGGUCGCGAGGAGAGGGGGGGGCGAGAGAGAGAGAGAAGAAGGGGGAGGGUCGGCGACCCAGUGGACGAAACCCUAGCGGUUCUCCAAACUGGGCGAAGAAGAAGAAGAAGAAGAAGGAAAAGAAGAGGAGGAGGAGGAAAGUGCGGCGCAUCGGGGGCCGUUCGAUCGGAUCGGCGCGGUGCAUCGGGCGGUGGUUGGGGGGGGAGGAGAUCGGAUGGCUGAGGAGGAGGAGGGGCGGAGCGAGAGCAGCAACUACACGUCGGAGGACGAGGGGACGGAGGAGUACCGGAGGGGCGGGUAUCACGCCGUGCGGAUCGGCGAUUCCUUCAAGCAGGGCGCCUACGUCGUCCAAUCCAAGCUCGGGUGGGGCCACUUCUCCACCGUCUGGCUCGCCUGGGACACCUCCCACUCCCGAUAUGUGGCACUCAAAGUGCAGAAGAGUGCGCAGCACUACACUGAAGCAGCAAUGGAUGAGAUAAAGAUCCUCAAGCAGAUCGCCGACGGUGAUCCCGACGAUAAUCGGUGUGUCGUCAAGCUCCUGGAUCACUUCAAGCACUCGGGGCCGAACGGGAUUCACGUCUGCAUGGUGUUCGAGUUUCUCGGGGACAAUCUCCUUACAUUGAUCAAGUACACGGAUUAUCGGGGAAUUCCUCUUCCGAUGGUGAAAGAGAUCUGCCGUCACGUUCUAAUUGGCCUCGACUACCUCCACCGCGAACUAUCAAUAAUUCACACCGAUCUUAAGCCUGAGAACAUCCUCCUUGUCUCUUCACUUGACCCUUCCAAGGAUCCACGACGCUCUGGGACACCGCCUGUUAUUCCAAACGUGAAGACUGACGACCAACCUCCUAAAACCACUGUGUCGACUAACGGCGACCUAACAAGAAACCAGAAGAAGAAGAUCAGGCGGAAGGCAAAGCGUGCGGCUGCGGCCACGUCAGUGAGUGGUGCGGCCACUGCUUCUCAGGAUGCUGAUGUGUCAGAAGAUAAGGGGGAUUCUAGUGUGAUGAAUGAAGACGACGGUGGCAGUGGUGGUGGAGAACAGUCUGGCGCAGUGCGAGGCCAUAGAAGGGGUAGUAAGGGAAUGAGGAGGACGUUGGUUACGGAGGCUGACCUAAGAUGCAAGUUGGUGGAUUUCGGGAAUGCAUGCUGGACUUAUAAACAGUUCACAAGUGACAUCCAGACAAGGCAAUACAGGUGCCCUGAGGUGAUUCUUGGUUCCAAAUAUUCUACCUCUGCUGAUAUGUGGUCGUUCGCAUGCAUUUGCUUUGAGCUUGCUACUGGAGAUGUGCUCUUCGAUCCACACAGCGGGGACAAUUUUGACAGGGAUGAGGAUCACCUCGCACUGAUGAUGGAACUGCUUGGAAUGAUGCCUCGCAAGAUAGCCUUGGGCGGCCGAUACUCUCGCGAGUUUUUCAACCGGUACGGCGAUUUGCGGCACAUUCGCCGCCUGAGAUUCUGGCCCCUCAACAAGGUACUCAUGGAGAAAUACGAGUUCAGCGAGCAGGAUGCAAACGACAUGGCUGACUUUCUUGCCCCUAUACUAGACUUUGUUCCAGAGAAGCGGCCCACUGCCGCCCAAUUGCUUACCCACCCAUGGAUCAAUGCUGGGCCUUUGACUUGUGAACCAAGGUCUCAGCCCGAACCAACCCAGCCGUCAGUGGACGGUGUUUCUGAGAAGCAAAAGAAGGAGAAAGAGGAGCGAGAUGCGAUGGCAGUGGGGAUAGGAAAUAUUGCAAUUGACGGAACUGCAAAAGUGGGAAAAGAUUCUCCAGCUGGCAGUAAGGUGGGAAAGGCAGUUGUUACAUCUUCGAGGUAGGUUUUGUUUUGUUGCAUUUGGCCUUUAGAUGGAAGCUUUUUCAGUUGUUUGUAUCUUGGAUGAGUGGAUGGCUGGCUAUACCUUUCGGUUUUUGAUUGUUUUAGGUAUGGAUGUAAAAUGGAAAAUUUUAGGUGUAUGUUAGCAUUCAGUUGGGGUUACUAAGACUGUUCCCCUUUUGACUAAGGACCUCUACUUAUUUUAUGAGGAGUUCAGAUUCUUGAGAUUCUUUUGAAUUGAAUUCAAUUGAAAGCCCCAGUUUUGGAGGUCUUUCCCCCCUCUU